UUCCCACGUCCCAGCCACCACGGCGCUUCAUUUGUAGGCGGCUGCUAGUUAGUUUGCCUCAAACCCAAACCCAAAACCUUAUUUUAUUAUUCGUUAGCACGUCCCUAUACUGUGGAGAGGGGCAAUGAUGUAAUCCCUGACUGAAUGCCAGUGGCUUUGCGGGUAGGCACCUAAAUAUGACCUCGCUGUCCGCGACCCUGCAUCCGGGUUCGGGCUCAUCGUGCAGAGCAUUGCCAGGGGAGGGGAGUCAGGUACAGCCAAAAGCCCCUCUGCUGCAGAUUCUCCGGGUCGGCGGAGCUCAAGAGGAGGUUUUCACGCUGAAGGAGGUCAUGCACUACCUUGGCCAAUACAUUAUAGUAAAGGAACUGUAUGAUAAGCAAAGGCAGCACAUUGUCCAUUGUCAAGAUGACCCUCUUGGAGAGCUGCUGGAGGUUGAGAGUUUUUCUGUUAAAAACCCAAGCCCUGUGUAUGAGAUGCUGAAGAGGAAUUUGUUUAUUUUGAAUGGCUCUGACGCAGCAAAGAAUGUUUCAGUCGGCAAGGAUUCUAAUGAGUCUCCCUGUGAAGAUCCUGGUCAGGUGUCCAGCAGCACGUGGGGCACCGGACAGGGUCUCAGCGCCGGCACGGUCGGUGCCUGCGCCGCGCAGAGCUCCUCACAGCGCAGGCCACGGGAUACAGAUGAAGACUCUUUAGACGGACUGCCCCGGUCAGCCUGCAAGAGACCGAAGCUGGACGUGAGUCUUGAAGAGUGGGACCUGUCCGGCCUGCCCUGGUGGUUUCUGGGUAACCUGCGUAACAACUACACCCGCAGGAGCAACGGCUCGACGGACCUCCAUACGAAUCAACUGUCUCCCGGGCAGGAGGAGGACACAGCCAUUGUGUCGGACACCACGGACGAUCUGUGGUUCCUGAACGAGGCAGAGAGCGAGCAGGUGAGCGUGGAGAUGAAGGAGGCGGCAUUGGAGCAGGGCAGCGAUACUGAGUCUCCUCCUCCGGAGGAGGAGCAGGGGCGGAGCGUAAAGGAGGACAAGGAGAUGCAAGAUGAACUGGAUGAAGACUCUCAGUGCUUGAGUGAUGAUACAGACACUGAGAUCUCCACACAGGACGCGUGGCAGUGUGCCGAGUGCCGCAAGUUCAACUCUCCUCUGCAGCGCUACUGCAUGCGCUGCUGGGCCAUGCGCAAGGACUGGUACAAGGACUGCCCGCGGCUGGCGCCCUCCGUCUCCGUGCCGGAUAUUGCCGCCUGCGGCCCGGCCCUCCCUGCCCACGAGGACGAGGACGCCGGCGGGGUGGACGUGCCCGACUGCCCGCGGACCGUGUCCGACCCCGUCGUCCUCCCUUCCCACCGCGUGUCCCGCAACCUGCCGCCCCGUUGCGGCGGCUCGUCCAAGGGGAAGGCUCCCGCGCGGGCUCUGCCGGGCUCCCAGGAGAGCUCGGAGAGUGAGAGCCAGGAGCUGCUGGACGGCGAGGCCGAGGGCGGGCGCCAGGUCCUGCUGGAGCCGUGCCGGCUGUGCCGCAUGCGGCCCCGCGACGGCAACAUCAUCCACGGCCGCACCGCUCACAUGAUCACCUGCUUCCCCUGCGCACGCAAGCUGCACCGCUUCCACGCACCCUGCCCUGGCUGUGGCCAGGUCAUCCAGAAAGUCAUCAAGAUGUUCAUAGCCUAACCGAGGCGAGGACGGCCAAGCGGGCAUGCGGGUUACGCACGCUCUGAUGCGGUAAACUUAGAAGUGCGUAACCCUGGGCCUAGAACACGGGUAACAUAGUUGUACAGUGAUGUUGGACGCAUUUCGGUAAUGGGCAGUAUAUGCCAGAUUCAGUCUUUAUAUGAAACUCUGUCUCAAGCUGAUGUUUUGCUCGUAUAAGACUGGCAUGCGUAAUGGAGAGACCUACUAUUUUCACGUUGUUAGUGUCAGGUGCAAAGGUGUGCAUGAAUUGCUGCUAGAAAAGGUUAUAAUCAGAAUUCACAAUGAAAAAGAGUUCUUACAUAAGGAGGGUGAACAUACUUAAAUAGCUUUCUGUAUCCACUUAGUCAAUUGGCUUGCAUGUCUGUAAAAACACUUUGAACGGAUUUAUUAACGUUACCUGUUAUUUUUCUCUUUAGGCCAGCAGACUUUUUUUUAGGUCUCGGAACAGAUCGCACAGUUCUUAUUGGUCAGGUUUCCCGAGCAUUACAGUAUCGGUUCACUGCGCAAAGGAGUUUGCGUGUGUAUGGGUGUGUGUGUGUGUGGGUGUGCACUUGCUGGUUGCAUAAUUUAUUUAUUUAUGAGCAUCGUUUUCUAGUUCAGGGGUUUAACUUUGAGUUUGCUGUCUAGCUUGACUGGUGAACAUGUUUAUUGUGUCUGACCCACAGUUGUGUGCAGUCAUUUGACAGAGCAUGCUCAGUAAUCUGGUGCCUUCUGGGCUCACAGAAAAUAGCACUUUGUACAGUUGAGUCUUUGUAAAUACUGGAUGGCCAUGAACUUGCAAAUACCACUGGUAUUAUAAACGUGUACAAAUGUAUCGUAACUUGUGAGCUGCGUUAUAUACUCAGAGCUGCUGUGGCAAGCAGCCCCUGGGUGGCGGCGUGUCCUGGAGAUUUCUAGCUCGAACAGGCCUAGAUCUGCCAAGUAGCUUAUGCUGAUGGCUUUCUCUCACCACUCGCAGCAUGCUGUGACGCUGGUUUCCUUCUCCUCCUUGGCGGCGAGACUGCGAGUGGGCGUGUCCCAUGCUCCACACCCACCCCGGUUGGCUCCUCCGGUUCCUCUGCGGCGUCCUGCCUCGUCCAGCCUCUCAUGAGCACCCCGUCUGCAUGGGGAGGUCAGCGCUGCUGAGGCCCGUGCGCCGAGCCCCGGGGUGCCUCUGUGCGUUGUAGCUUUGUGGGGGCCCAGUGAGCAUACGGCCUCACAGCUCCUGUUCCUCCUUUUGCUUUCACCUCUUCCAACACUUCUGAUUUUCCAGAUGUCCUGCAGACAUUUAUUUUUAUUUUUUUAGCUUCUUUUGCCACUUUGAAAAUUUCAUUUAAAGUUGCAUCCAGUACUGCUGGCAUGUUUAAAAAAAAAAUAAAAAAAAAUGAAAAUUAAAAUAAAUAAGCGACGUUAACGUUUUAGCCCUGCUGCGGUGUAUGAUGUGAGUUUAGCCUGAGUCCGUACCUGUUCCUGUUCACAUAUGUAGAGCAGUGGGGCGACUCAGUCACUUUACUUUACUCAUCUGUUGCACAGUUCGCUCUCUGUUUGCAGUUGACGGGAAGCCACCAAAUGUUUGUGCUCUGCCUGUACAGAAUUGUCCUCUUCUCUGCAUGACACAGGCAGCAUCAAUGGCGAAAGAUUUAACGAGCCGUCAAUACAAGCAUCUCGCCACCAGGGGGUGGUAGAAGUAACAGAACGGACAGUAUUCAUUAUACAUGUGGAAAAAUUGCAACACUUCACCACCCCCUGAUGGCGAGGGAGAUGCUUGUAUUGAUGGUGGAUGUGAAGGUGUACUUUUUUUUUUUUUUUUUUUUUUUUUUUUUUUAAUUUAAGAAUGUGUAAUAUGUAAAUAUAGAGAGAUAUUACUUAUUUGUAUAGCAACCCCCUGCACCUCUGAAUCCCAUUUGAGCCCUCAAAUGGUGCAAAUUGCACAUGUGUGAAUUUUACUUUGUGUACCAUAUGGUAUUCAGCCUAAGAAAACUCAUUCAUGCUAAGAUCACUGCCAUAAUAUUGGGUUUGUUCAUUUUAUUUUCCCCAGAUGUGUUUCUGCUUCAGAGCAAGUCAGCUGCUUUUCUUUGUAGUUAAAUAAAUAGAUAAUAAAAACCAAAACAAAAACUGC